UUUUUAAGUUAUUUUUGAAAUGUCAAAUACUUUUUUAUUCCUUUAAAUUUUGCGAACUUAACGUUCCUUGACGUGAUGUAAAGUUUUUCGAUUCAAAAGGAGUGAUUUUGUGAGUUUUUGAGCCGUUCUUGCCCCAUGUUGACACAAGUAGGCGGGACUUAGCUUGUGAUUGGCUGUUGCUAAGAUACGAACAAGAUUGACAAGGCACCGUCUUCCGGUGAACUCGCUAUGUGUGCGCAGACGUUGCUAGCCACGGGAGCCACAAUGGCGUUUGUAGUCUCCUUCAGAUAGGGCUGUGGAUGAUACUAAAUCCACUAGCAUCGCCCUAACUAUAGGCCUGGUUGAUUUCCAGAGCCAUUGAUAAUAAACUGGAACAAUUAUUGCACACUAAAAUACUAUGAUUUCGAAUCAUUACUUACUUUAAAGGGGUAAAACUUACAUUAAAGGGAACAUGUAAACAGAUCCAACCGGGUCAAGUUUUCAGUUUGUUCUGGAAGCAGGCGUCUUUUAUUGAAGACAUUUGCUUGUUUCUUAAAGCUGAGACCGUAAAUCUGUGGAAUAAAACACCUUUACUUAACUUGGCACCGGACAAGGACAGCUUUCUUUCACAAAGGGACUUUUUUUCUUUUUUACGAAGUCAGCUUUCUAGCUGCCGACCAUUAGCUAGCCGUGCUAGCUACGCUCAGGCGGAGACGAACACCACAAUGCUCUUAUUUUUGCUUUGGACCUUUUUCAUUCACUAAUUGGAGGUGCAGACUUUGUGGCACUGGAACCUCGAUAUCCUUUUUUUGCCUUGACGAACCAAGUUGGCGACUUUAAGGAAUGAAUUGGCGCUAAGGAGGACUGGACUUGAGCGGCCUGGAGUGUAUGUCUUGAGCUUGUUUUUUUCUUUUUGUUGUUGUUUAAUAACAUUUGUGGCAUUGGGAGGCGCUACUUUUGUUCUGUGAAUGUAUUGCCUGGAUCACCGAGGCCCGGUAUCAGCAGAGACCCCGGCGUGAGGUAUGCCUGGGUCGGACCGACAUCAUGGGACCAAGAGGAAGCCGGAUUUUAGCAGCGGUGUGCCACACCAGCCCCAACAAGGCCCUACCCAUACCUCCGAGGAAGACAUGACGAGCAAAGACGGUAAGGUGCAGUUCAAAUCUUCAAUGUCCUCAUCGACGUCUAAACGUAAGCGGCAUAAAUCAACCAAACAUAAUCGGGAGUCAUCGGCGGCUUUGAGGACCGAAGGUUUUACCCUCGGCGAUACGGCGCCCCCUGGUGUCAACACGGUGAAGCCUCUGGUGGAGUACGAUGAUAUCAGCUCAGAUUCGGACACUUUCUCGGAUCCACCGUCCUCCAGACCUUCUGAUAGAGGGGGCGUGGACCGAUUGGACCCAUCACCGGACUUCGAGGAAGUGCAAGAAAAACCAUCCCGGAAGAAGUCCAAGGACCCUAACAAAGUUAGGGACCCUGGCAAUGGGGAGCAUGGGUACAAAAAGAGGAGCAGCAAAGACCACGAGAAAGGCUUGAAGGGCAAAGACAAGACUUUAGGUUACCCGUCCAGACAGCAGCUCCAGACAGAGGGUGAACCCAAACGUGUGGAUCCAUCCAUGCACCAGGUGCAGCCUGCAGCCAGUGUGGGCAGCACCACUUCCUCCACAUCUUCAUCUCGCAGCAAGGAGAGCGCUCGCUCUGGGAAGUCUCGAAAAGACAAACAACGCAGAGAAGACAGAGUGGAUGGAAGCCACGCUUCUUCUUCUCAGAGGAGCCGCACAGACCGGACCCACCGCCGGUCCUCCAAGAGCCACAAGUCGAGCCCCAAGGGCAAGUCUUCAAGUAGAGGAAGUUCUCGCAGGAAGGGAGUAGUGGGUUCUGCUUUGUCACCCAGUCCCAGAAGAAGGCCUGGCAGUGAGAGUCCAGUAGGCAUCAACUACGGACAACAGGGAGAUGAUAGUUAUUCCAGACGGAGAGUGGUUCAGCAAAGCCCCAGUCCCAACCGGGACAUCUCCCGGCGCAGCAGGCAGAGAUCUGACAGCCCUUAUGGUAGUAGACACCGGUCCUCCAGCUAUGAGAGGGACAGCAGCCCUUACUCCAGGAGGCGCUCCAUCAGCCCUUAUGGUACCCGGAGGUCCUCCAGCACCAGCCCAUUAUCUCGGCGCUCUGGUCGCUCCAGAAGUCGAACCCCCCUCCAUUACUCUUCAUCUUGCCGCUCCUCUUCCCGCUCUAGAAAUAAAAGGCACACCUCCUCUAGUUUAGGCGGGGGCUCCCAUAGCACUCGGCCAGCGAGUCGCUCUCCCCCAUCUUCCCGCCUGCCCCCCACCUCCAGUUUGGGUGCGGAACUAAGUCGAAGGAAAAAGGAACGCCAGGCUGCUGAGGCCGCUCGUGCCAGCGCCACCGCAAAUGCAUCCCCACUUCCUUUGGUCCGAAAAGCCGGCGUCGCCCCGCCGUCACGGCCCGGAAAAGCCGAGGCGCCCCAGCCGGAGAAAGACUCGGCAGCUGCGGAAAGUCAGCCUCCAGCAUCUGCACAGGUUUCCACUGAUGCUGAAGAACAAGCGGCGCCUCUACCUGCUUCCUCUGCUGCCUUACCCACGCCACCCCCUCCGGAGCCCUCCCCACCUGUGCCGCCAGGUCCCACCACUCAGCCGCCACUACCGCCGGCAGAGUUAGCCGCUCAGCCUCCAACGAAUCCACCACCUCAACCUAAGUCUCCGGCGCCGAUUCCCACGCGCAGCCCGGCUCGACAGCAACCCCUUCACAAGACGUCAACGCUGCCCCCCCUGCCUUUACCGCCGGCACUGCUGGGAAAUGCUCAGGACAGAGGUCAGAUCAAGCUGGCUGACUUUGGUUUGGCUCGACUUUACAAUUCAGAGGAAAGUCGGCCUUACACUAAUAAAGUAAUCACACUAUGGUACCGCCCCCCCGAACUUCUGCUGGGGGAGGAGAGGUACACCCCAGCCAUCGAUGUUUGGAGUUGUGGGUGCAUCCUUGGAGAACUUUUUACCAAGAAGCCCAUCUUCCAGGCAAACCAGGAACUGCUACAACUGGAGCUCAUCAGUCGUCUGUGUGGAAGUCCGUGUCCUGCAGCUUGGCCCGAUGUGAUUAAACUUCCUCUUUUCAACACCAUGAAACCCAAGAAGCAGUACAGACGGCGACUACGAGAGGAGUUUGCCUUUUUACCUACUCCUGCUCUGGACCUGCUGGACCGAAUGCUGACCCUUGACCCCGCGCGCCGUUGCACGUCGGAGCAAGCGCUCACCAGCGACUUCCUGUGUGAUGUGGAGCCCAGCAAGAUGCCUCCACCCGACCUUCCGCACCAUCAGGACUGCCACGAGCUGUGGAGCAAGAAGAGGAGGCGUGCACGGCAGAGCGCGUCGACCGAGGAUGUGCCUGUGCCCAAAGUGCCCCGUAAAGACGCGACUGGGACCUCCGCCGGGGAGAACAGUCGAUCUCAAAGCAGCCCGGCGCCCCCACCCCCUCCCCCGGCAAAACCCCCCUCCACAGCCAGCUUGGAGACUGAGCUGUCAGGUCUGGGAGCGGCUGCAGAGCAGUUGAAUCAAACCGAGUUGGCCGUGCUGCUGAACCUCCUCCAGGGCCAAACGGAUCUCAGCAUGACCCAGGUGGCCCAGCUCCUCAACCCCUCCAACCCCGAGAACCUCAGCCAGCUGCUGUCCACGCUCGGCGAGGCGUCCGACCAGCAGGGGGCAGCGGAGGAGCCAGCCGCGCCCCAGCCUCCCGAGCCGCCGCCGCCGCCCCCCGAACCUCAGGAAGCCUCCCCGACACCCGGAGAACCCUCCUUCAGCCAGGAGGAGCAGGCCAACCUGCUGGCUCUGAUUCUGGGGCAAAUCAUAAAACCGCAAAAUGAGGAACAAGGAGAUGAAAGCAAUGGCGUUCGGGCAGAGGAAGCGCUGCCGCGCGGUUCGUCCACUUCUACUACUGAAUGCAAGGAAGACGGUGUCUCGUCAAAGCUGAAACUAUUCAACCAGCUGCCUCCACCCGGUGAACGUCCUCCGUCUCCCCCCGGGCCGCCCCCGUCGGGCUCCGUCUUCGGGAACUCGUCUGACGCCGAGGCGCCGCCCGGCCAGGACAUCAGCCCCGCCGUGGCGGCCGCCCUGCUUCAGCUCAUUUCUCAGCAGGACUCCGAGGCCGGCGCCCCCAAGCAGACAGAAGACCCGGACGCCCCGUCCCGGAGGCAGCCCCCUCUCCUCUGGCCUGCAGACUCCCCACCCAAACCCCCACCUGCAGCUGAGGCCCCAGCAGGUCUGGUGACUGCUGCCCCCACCUCUGCAGCGCAGUUUCCUAAAGACCAGGACCUCCGCUUUUCUCACGGAGCGGCCCGCUGACCACGCCAGUCUGAAGGUGAGGAGCGCUUGAUCAACCCGGGACGUCCCGGAAAGACAGCCGAGGAACUGAAAGUAU